AUGGCUGACAUGGAAUACGACGAUUCCACCUUCUACAGUUCGCGUCCCUUAGAAGAAAGAUGGCCGCCAUUGGGAGCCGCCGUGGAUAAUAUCGCCGAAAAUGGAGCAAAGAACUCUGAGCAUCAGCGAAAGUGAGUGUUAUUUUUCAGCCCAUAACAUCCCCAGAAUGUUCCUCAAUUUAUUUUCCCUUUUGCUAGAAAUUCAGCCGUCAAAUUGCAAUGUACGUUGCACGGUCGAUUGUGUUUAGUGAGCGAUUCUAAGUUGAUUUGUUAAAGCUUGCAAGCUUCAGUUCAACUUGCUAUACUUGUCACGAACUUUUUUUUUGUUAUUCCUUGAUGGUGUUACUUGUGAUCUUCGAAAUUUUAAAGCAUACGGUACUUUUUUUGAUGUCACCAUUGGUAAUUUUAGAGAGAUUAUUGGAAUUCCCUUCCGUGGAAGAGAUCAUUUUCACGCGUGAACUAUACUUGUUUUUCCUUCGGCGAAACGAAAAAUUUCUGACAUUUGCGAUGCUGGCUUAGAAAUUUAUUGACAUAUCUCGAGUGAUAUCCUUCGAAUUUAGUUAACUUAUUUUAUCCUAGGGCUACUGUUGUCAUUCAAAUACAUUUAAGUCAGGAUAGCUCUAAUCUUUCAGCGAACCUUUUCCCUGGCCCUUCAAUAAUUUACGAGAAAUAAUUAUUGUUUUCUUGAUUUCCAUGCAUGGCUGGCCAACAUAAAAAGGCAAACAAUCAAAUGCUGCAGAAGAUUCUUAUCCUGAGCGUGAAUUUUUAUAAAUUUAUAGUUAGUUUGUGACGGGAAUUUAAAGUAUCAAUUUUUUUUUUCGUCAAUCCCAUUGUACGUGACAGUUUUUUUCCUCUUCUACAAUUUCAGUGCAACGCGGAAAUAAGGCAACCCAAACAUCCCAGCUAUUUUAGUGUAAUGUAAUUUUGGUAAUAAUGUUGUGAAGUGUUGCCUCUCUUAUGACUGCAAGGUGUUUGGGUCUUAGCAUGUAAAUCCAUGUGAGGUUUGUCUGUGGCUGCAAACUGGGGGUGGGUAGUGUCAUAUUUGGGAUAUACGUGCACAGGAGUGAGCUCUCACAGCGCCCGUCGACCCCUGUCACCUUCCUUUUGCUUUUAGGCCUAAAGAAAAUUUUAGUUUUUUCUUUAGAAAUCCUAUUUUCACCUUGAUCCCGGAAUUUGCAGGUUCAGAGUACGGGCUCCCUUCAAUUUUUCUUAGAGCAUGUUGUCUUGUGUGGUCCUGUGAAGUUAAGCAGUUUAAUCUAAAACGUUAUCAGGGGAUUUUGCUCCAGAAUAGGGUAUCACUUUGAAAUGAAAUAAUUGAUCAGUGUUACAAAGAAAGAGAAUUUCUGGUCAACAGUUUGUGUAGGUCCAUAGGAUAGGCAUUCCUGGUGUUCAGCCGGGAACAGGGUUUCAAAAUGUAGCUAAAGAUAGUGGCAAACCCCUACCCCAAAAAUUUGCAGUCACCUGGCCAGCAAGGUGUCUGUAAUUCCACUGAACUGUUUUGUGCAUCCUAAGUGACUGAUCUUUUAUUGGAUCCCAGUCAAAGAGUUGUGGUAGUUGAUGAUAGCUGGAACUACAGUUGACUCCUGAUAAUUCGAACCUUCAAGGGAAAUCGAAAAAAGGUUUGAGUUAUCGGGAGUUUGAGUUAUCGAGAGUUCGAAGAAAAUAGCCGAGAGUAUGGUAAAAAACAGUUUUUACUGCUCAUUGAACAUUUUAAUUACAUUUAGUUGUAGAAAUGUCAAGUGAAAAUUAAAAGAUACUUCUAGAUUAUAAAACAGAACAUAACGUAACAGAACAUAGCCUAAAUGGAUCAUGUGUUUUACUGUUUUGAGAAGUAAAGCUGCUUCACGUUAGCCUGUGACAAUGAACAUCAGCCUCCACUAGUAAACUAUACUCCUACAACACGUCAAUAGGAAAUCCAAAAUUCAAUGUUUCGGACGCCAGUAGACGGCUUUUUUCCCGACUUUUUAAGGGCUCAAAACAUGGUUCGAGUUAUUGAGGGUAAAAUUAUAUAGAAAAUGACCUGAGGGGAAACGAAAAUUGGUUCAAGUUAGCGGGAGUUGGAGUUAUCGAGGGUUUGAGUCACCGAGGGUAAAAUUACAGGGAAUGUACGACGGAAAUCCAGGGGAAAUCGAUUUUGGUUCGAGUUAGCGCGAGAUUCGAUUAAGCGAGGGUUCGAGUUAUCGGGAGUUGACUGUAUCAUCAUUGCUUCCAAAUCAAUCUACUCAUCACAUCAUUAUUUUUCUUGAACACUUGUCACAUAAAAAAAUAUUGUCCAUUUCCAAAAAAAUUGAAGAGCAACUUUUAUUAUUUGAUAUAUGGACUCAGCAGUAACUUUCACUACCAAGUAGCUACCACAGCUGUGAAUAAUAUUUUGCCAAGCCUAUUGAAAAAACACUAACUCAUUUGCUCCUGGGAAACACUUUUUGAAGUCCAUCGAGCCAUUUUCUGGUCACUGUACUAUCUUACUAUAAGGUGCCAAAACACUGUUUAUAUGUACAUGUAGUGUAGGUCAACCACCUUGUCACUUCUGUUCCAGAUGCAAAAUAUCAGCUUCAAAUUUCAAGAUAGUUUUUGGGUGUAAAAGUCACACAGCAGUCUCAGGUUUUACUUUUCCCUUUUUCUCCUCCUCUCAUCUUUUGCUUUUCUUGCGCCAUUUGCUUUUCUUUUGCUGGGUGGUUUUAUUUCAAUGGGAAAAGUUUUUGGGAAAGAGCUUUUUAAGGAUUGUAGGAUUAGAUGGAAGGAAUUGUAGCUACAUUAGCUAGUGGAAAAAGAGUUUUGUAAGGAUUUGUGGGUCAACUUUACAUUGAUUUUUGCCUUUUUCUAUGGCCUCCUUGGCUGAAUCUUGCUCAUUCUUGCAUGGUUUGAGACCUUUUUCUCUUGUACAAGUUAAAUGACAAAGUUUUACUUUAAGACCAUUAAAACUGAUGACGUCACAAGCGGUACAAAGGACAUGAAUCAGCACAGGCCGUUUAGGGGCAGGCGGGUCAAAUUCAUCAACAGAGAUGACCGUGGGGGCUUUCUUGUAACCAGUUACAAAUUUCUUAAACUUUCAUCUAUUCAUAAAUGCAUGCAGUCACAUGGCUAGCAGAUCAAGCCAGGGAAGUUUCAAUCAUUUCUUUUCACUCUUUGUGUUAUAAGUCAUGCCUGAAUCAGAACAACCUGAAAGUAGUUAUAGGUCUUUGUUACUUUAUAGUUUACAAACUGUAUAUUGUGGAUUAUCAUUCAUUUAGUCACCUAAGUUACCAUAUAAAUUUUAAUAUUCUACAGUCAGACAGGUGUGUGUCAAAAAUAUAUCACUGUUCCAUAUGCAUACAUGUAAGGCCUUUUGACAUGGUUUCCUUGACUUAACAUUUAAAAACAUUUUAGUAACACUUUGUUGUUAUACUGUUUUAAUUGCAUUCUGGAUUUUCUGUUGUGAGGGCAGUUGUUAUUAGCUGAAACAGCAUUAAAGGUAAUUUUGACUGCCAUUUCCAUGGUUAUGGUGCUGUUGAGAAAGAAUGUAUUAAUCUGACUGCAUCCCAGGAAACAUGAUAUGAUCUUGGUGGUAAAAUAAGUUUGUUUGCAUUAAAAACUAUACAUGAAUGGGAAAAAUUGAAACACGUCUAAGAAUACUAAAAUGAAUUUUAUUGAGUCCAGUGAUUGUUUAAGUACAUGCACACGUACCAAGUGUGACCCAUUUGAGUUUUCCUAUUCAUGAUUUAUCAUUUUUAGCUAAAACAAGAGCUGUCAGAAAGGUGGUAGGUAGCUUUAUUGUUGAAGUAAGUAGCUGAUCUUGCUAUCUUUUGCUAAAGAAUAAGAGAAACAGCCCAGCAGAGGGAAAAACAGAAAGUUCCAUUGUGGUUACUUUAAUUUGCUGGCUGCAUGCAGACUUGUUUUGACUUUUGACAACCCUGUAAAAAUAAAUAUUAAAGUGUUAUUGUAGUAAUAUGUUUUUCCCAGGUACAGAUGUAGUUUGUUUAGUCAGAUUUCUUGUCUAUAUAUAACUCAUCUAAGUAUUAUCUUUUCCAUUCUUCAUCAGUUUGCGAAAAAUUUUUGUCGCCAAUAUUUGCUGAUUUACUGUGAAAAUGUCAAGUCUUAUAUUGUUUUUGUGUUGUAUCUUAUCAACCAGUACUAAAUUUUGCUUUUAUCUUUUUAUAUUUCUUUUCACUCAAUAGGCAUUAAUGGUAGUUUAAGUGAGUGUCUGUUUUGUGUGUGUGUGUUUUAUUUUGUUCUUACGACUAAAAAAUUUACAUUUUUGUUUAUUGUACAUACUUAUUUUACAGACUAUAAAGAAUGUGUUUCUCAUGAUUCAAGGCCCAUCAUUCUUCUCAGUAUUCACAUCUGAAUAUAUUGUGCAAAUCAAAUAUGUAUUAUAUUGGUGGCCUGAUAUUUUUUUCCCAAAACAAAGCUUCGCCUGAUUUUUAUUUUACUUAUUUUUUAAUAAGCAGUAUUUUAGAAUUAACCUUUUCUUCGGUUUGGUGUUCGGAGUUCUUUGAAGUCCAAAAGUAACAGCACAUUAUCAGCUGAAUAUAAAUUAUAAUGACUCUUUUGGGCCGGCUGGUAUGACAUGCAAAUUGUAUUCAAGUACAUCUUCAAGUACAUCUUUGAAUGAAGGGUUGUACUUUAUUUUAGGCUGCUUAUAAGAUUGCCUACAGGUAAGUUUUUAGAAACCUGAAAUGCACUGUAACUACAUGUGUACCAGCUUCAGCAGGAUCCCUCAGGGUGUUCAUUAGGCAUUGGAAAUCAGAAAAUUCUCUGUUUACUAUGCUUAAUUCUCCGGCUAAUGUUAAAUAGCUUAUGACUAUUUUUUACUCAGAUAUGGGCCUCUAUCCAAAAAAAUACACCUUUCUCCUGGUACAAGAAUUCUCAAUAAAAACCGGCCUGGUCCCUGUGUAUUAUACAUGUAGGCAGUCAGUAUAAGUUAAUGAAUAAUAUUGCUACGUGUAGCUUUCUCCAGUCUGGUUUCUCGGGCUGUGUAUUGUCAUUAAUUUAACAUCUACAUCAGUUAUUAAAGAUUAUUAUUUUCAUUUUUCUCAAUUCUGGACAUUUUAUCAUGAUUCUUUUCAGGUCAGAUCAAGAAAAGCUGAAAGAGCUUGAGGAGGAACAAGAAGAAUUAAAUGGCUCCCUUCUCGCACUCACAAGUCACUUUGCUCAGGUUAGAAAAUAAGCCUUACUACACGUAAGUGCUACAAAACUAGUUGAACUGGUCACUUCGAGCAGCUUACAGCUUACUGCGUACUGAGUACAAAGUUUCAGUCUGUCAUACAUGUAGAUCCUAAACAUCAUUACUGAGUUAACAACUGCGGGAAAAGGCACAAUCCAAAGGCUAAACAAAGCAACUGACCACCAUGAAAGUGUCGUACUAAGCACAUGGAGCUGAUGGAAGCAAGGCUGGCUGUGCUUGCCUCACCACACUGAUAGUUGACUGACAACAAGAGAUCAUGCUCCUUUUUGUUAACAGUGUUAAAUUUCAUUUAACUUCAUUAAAAGGAAAUGUAAACUGUCUGUAUUGUUCUUCAGUUUCCAUUUCCAAAGUAAACAGCAUCAAUACUCUGUAGAUUAAGUUUGGUCACCCUGGUCAGCGUAGUGUGGAAAGAACGUUUGCUGAUAGUAACUGUCUGUGACAGCUGCCUCUGGAUGGGUGGUUAUAAUGUACCUUUAUCAUCAUUAUCACAAGCUGCAAACAUUGUAGAAAAUCAGUUUUACCAAGGGCAAGCUGUAGAUAGCCUGUACUAGCCUGAUCACAAGUCAUUUUGACUGGUCCAAAAAAGUUUUUGGUGAGCCAGGGUUUAUAGAUUUUACUUGUACACUUGCACUUGUGCACUGUAUCAGGGCUAGUAGUAUUAUAUCCUAACAUACAAUGUACAGUUUUUCGAAUCAGAGGAUGCAAUCAGAAAUCUUGACAAUUGUCCUUUAAAAAAGACAAAACCAGUCAGUCCAUCAAGAUUUGUUACCACAAAUAGGGUUUCCACAUCACUAGUCUUUACCACGUGUUAUUUGUGGUUGGCGUCCUUCCUAUAGCCUAAUUAAUAAUAACUAGUAAUGAUAAGUAUAGUAACAUACAGAAUAGAUUUUGUCCCAAUAAGAAGUUUAUGCGUACAUUUCAUUUUGCAGGUGCAAUUUCGGUUAAAACAAGUUGUGUCAGCCCCAGAGGAGAAGAGAGAGGUUUGUUGAAAUUCUAAAACUCUAGUUCAAGAAGGGACAAACAAUAAGUGCUGUGAGAGACCAAAAUCACUUUAUUAUUUUUGCAACAACAAAAAAGCAUUUGCUCUAUAUACAUGUAAUGUGACUCUCUAGUUUAAAAAAAAUCUCUCUAUCAAAACACCAUUUCUAAUAAAAAGCAACAUCUUUCAACAAUCUCAAAGGAUUUGUAAUAUUUAACAAUUAUUGGAUGAGGCUGAGUAUCGUCUUAAGAAUUAUGAAGAUCGAGGAGCAGCUGAGGUGGAUAACAUCCCCCAAGAUCUCCAUAAUUCUUUAGAUGAUACGAAAGCUGUAUCCAAUAAUAUCGUUUUAUUAUUCAAAAUAAUUCCUACAAUGUAGUUUAAAAACAAGGUAAAACAGGCUUACCUCCAUGGAUUUUAAGUUCAUCUUCAAUUGCGUGUUUAUCGGCAAGUGUAGGAGAUAAAGGAAUGUUUAGUUCUGCAAAUAUUCUCCCAAUAGCAGAUGUCGUCCAUCGAGUUGUAUUCUUGCUGUUCUUGCUAUGUUUUUGGCCAGUAGUUCACCUUUUUCUUUUUCGAUGGAAAUGUUCUGUAAUUUUGUAUUGCUCUGCACCAAAACAAAUCAACAUCAUCUCCAGGGCUUCUCGGUCAGCUGUCCACUUUCCUGGCAAUUAUGCUGUAGUAUUGAUGUCAUUUUUCACAUAUCAGAAAUUUCUUCCAAAUUUGGUUAACCGUAACUGGUUGUGGUGAAUUAUCUGUGAGAUUUGAGCUUAUCGGAAAUGGAGAAAUAUUUUGAAUGAAUAAUAAUAAAUAUUAUUUAACCUUAAGCCAAAAGUUGAAAAUUAAUUAACAGUGUACACUACAAUACAUACAGUGAUAAUGCACUCCUGCUCCUUUUUUAAAGAGUACUUUUGAAAAGCCACCUGAGUGACAGUGCUGCUAUGGAACUCCCACUUUCUUGAAACAAAACAAGACACACAAUACUCAUUAUAUUUUAUAAACUUUACAUGCAUUUCCUAACGCUGCAUGUAUGUGAAAAUUUUAUUUCAGCGUUUGCUGAUGGAACUGGAGGAAUUUGCAUUUCAAGGUUGCCCUGAUGUACGUGGUCCAAAGGAUAAACAAAGCCCCCAGAGGACAUUGAACAAUACUGAACAGCAAAAUGUGAGUUUAUAUAUAACUAUUAAAUUUCAUUUCAUUAGAUACAUCUGUAAGCAUUAUCUGCCAGAACACUUGGCAAGUUUACCAGAAAAAUUUCAACUACUGUUAUUUGGCACAGGAUCUGUAGAUAGACCUGAUUACCACAGACUUUAUAUUCACUGCAACAAAGUUAUUUCUGUCAGGUGUUGGUACAACAAUUUGCUUGCGCUAAGGUAGAUUCUUUUCAGUCAACAAAAUAAUGGUCUUUUGUAUUACAGUAAGUUUGUGAGGACAUCACAUCCGGCUACAUUGUACGUGUAAGAUUUGUGAGACAUGUUUUAACCCAGUUGAUCAAUAAUUAUAACUUUAUUUGGACACAGUAAAGUCCUUUGGGUAAUUACAAGGAAAGAGGAAGAAAAAGCGAACUAAAAAUGGCAAUUAAUGAUGUUUUAUAAUAGAGUACAAGAAUGUGUAAAUUCAUUGUUUUUGCAUAAUUUGCAUAUUCUGUGUAAAACUAGGUUAAAAUAUCGAAACUCAAUGGACAUACUUGCAGUUUUUAAAACCAUGAAUUUUAUUUGAUGGGAAAUAGCCCAGUCAAAUACCCCAAGUGUGGUUAUAUUCAUUCUCUGUUGUGAAAUAAAAUACAAGGCAAUGCAAGAUUUGUUGAAACAAGACGUGUUUUGGUAAGUUAUCCUAUCCACUGAGACAAUUUUUUUUACAGAGUUUGCAGGAGUAUGAACAACAACUGAGUCUUGAGAAAAAGAAACAAGGAAGUCUGAUAGGACAACUAAAAGAUCAGUUGGAAGAAAUGGAAAGAUGUGUUGCUAUGGUAUGGUGAAACAAUAUUCACAAACUAAAGCUAGCAUUCUCAUGAUCACUGGCCAUGUGGGAGGAAGAUGUUGUGGAGGAAUUGUAAUUUAUGUAAAAUAAUGGGUUGUGUGUUUGUGGCUAGAGGAAAAGAAUAAGGCUAAAAUAAUAUUAAAAGUUUUACUUAUUUAGUACUAGAACUUUGAGUUUAAUCAUCCCAAUUGUCCAUUUUUGUCAUUCCUAAAUAUACAGUUGUAGUGUACAAAAUAAUGUUAAAUAAAUGGUGAUCCUUCUCCUUCUUCCUCCUACUCUCUGCCUCCACUACAUCCUCUACCGCUUACUCCUCAUCCUUAUCAAGGAAGAUUGAAGGGCCUCUGCUCGCAGGGUACCUCUGCUCUUGCCCUUCUCCUUUUCCUCCUUAGCUAGUACGUUUCUGUUCAAUUUAGACUUUGUCUAAAGGAAAAGUACCAACUUCUUCAUGAAGUUCAAACUAGUAUAGUCAUGGCGCAUUAUUGAAGUCUGAGGGAACAUUGUUGUUUAUUUGGUUCCUAUGCAAAUUGUCAAUAAUUCUGCGAAAAUUUUACUUUUGUAGGGAGGAUCGGCAAAUGUUAAUGAGGACAUGAGCCCGGAAAAGCUUGUAGAAAAACAAAGAAUUGUGAUUGAGGAACUGAAGUAAGUGGUAUGAUGUUUGUUUACAUACAAGUGUUAAGUAUUGUUCAGCAAUAUAACUCAAACCAAAAACGUAAAUGUUUAACCUUGUUGUUCAAAGGAACCAUUUUUUAAUGGUCAUUAAAAUUAAUAAACAGGCUUCAGUGAAAUAAUUUUAUUUAUAAAGAUAAACAAAUAAAUAAUAUAAAUUUAUUGAUUUAUUGAAUCUUGCUGCUGUAAAUGUGACAUCAAGCUGAAUUUUGUACUUUAUAACAUGGUUAAAGUUAAUAAUAGUGAUUAUUGAUAUUUAUAAAUUUUCAGGAAAUAAAAAUGAAAAAAAAUGAAUGAGUAAAUAAAAAAACUGUUUAUCUGUCAAGGUUUUUGAAAAUUAAUAAAUUUAAUCAGUUUACCAUUCACAAUAAAGUUUACUAACCAAUUUAAAACAUAAUAAAAUUGCGCUUCAAUUCAAUUUGCCCACGCAAAACAUUUAUUUAAAAUUUUAAAUUUUUAUAAACUGUAUACUUCGCAAAAUGUUCUGUGAUAAGAUUAACUAUAAACAACUAAACUGUUGACCCCUUGCUAAGCAGUGCUCAGAGAACAGUGGCAUGUGAACUGGUGUUAUUGGGAAUGAGACUAGCAGCGGCAGAUAUACGGUAUUACAAACCAUCCUUAAAUUGACUUAAUAAAUUGUAAAUUACACUAAGUUGAUAAUAAGUCUAAACUAUUUUAAACCAAGUCUAAAAAAUAAAUAUGGCAGUGUGGUCUUGUCAAAAUGAUUUUGUCCGUCUCAGCAACCAGAAAUUGUUACUGCUCACAGUCCAUGGUUUGGCUGAUUCCACAUUUUUGAUGUUUACUUUUUUAUUGAAAUGUGACUGUAACCCCCCUGUAAGCCAGGCCAAAGAUCAUGAUAUUUAAUAAUACAUUGUAGACAGUACAGAUAGUUUCAGCUAUCAUAAGCUAUCAUUAAAGCCACUAUAUUGGAUUAAACCAAGGAGUUUAUAAUGACGAGUGCCAUGGAUCCAGAACUAAAUGUGAGCUUUUAAGUGCCAAAGUUAGAAAAUGCACACAUUUUACUCAAUUUUAUCAUUGUUGAGAAACAUUGGACUUGUCUCCUAUUACUUGACAAGGCCUCAAAACCUCAAGUUGUUUUUUUUCUUGUAUUCGUCAGUACGGAGCAGCCACCUUUGUUGAUGUUAGCCAUGUUUACCCUGUUGACUCAAGGAAGAAUGAUAGAUAGAUAGUGACUUAAUUUAGCGAGGGUAGCACAUGCAAGUAUUAAGAACUGAUAACCCAGUGGCCCUUGAAAAGUUAAAAAUACUUACACUUAUUCUGCCUAUCAUGAACUUAAGUCAUAAAAAUGUAUUAAAAAUGAUAUAGAUAUACAGAAUAAAAUAUACACUAUAUCGUGAUAAGUUAGGUUGCAAAAACGGUAUAUGUUAAAAGUCCUUUUUCUGAGUAACUAAAAAUUUCUUGAAAAGGUUUUUUUUUAUGUGAGUAGCUGUCCAAAACUCUCAGAGGUCUUGGUAGAGAGUUCCAAUCCUUAAUAGAACAAACUGUAAAGGAAUGGCCAUCCUCUGUGGCAUAAUUAUAUCUAGGACAAAGCAAAUUUAAAUCACAGUGUCUUGUAUUCCUCAUAUGCAUGCUAGAAUUUGUAACUACGGGGUAGAAGUUCAUUCAUAUAAUUAGGAGUGUUUCGUUUAAGUCUCCUGUGAAUGAGUGCACAUUGAUUUAUGUGCGACUUCCUUUAAUAAGGAUUCCAGUUAAGGGUAUUAACAGGGGCUUAAAAGUAUGUUCCUAAGAUGCAAAUCCAAGAAAUGAAUUUCAGUCUGCCGAGUGAAACAAACAACAUCCCUGACAAAAUUAAUACGGGCUAUCUGACACGACUUUCUUUGCACGCUGAUUAAACAGGUCCACGGAUCUUGCGUUAAACGGGGCAUUUAUGGUCACUCUCGCUGCCCUGUUUUGAACUCUGAGAAUGCUGUCUAAAUUUACCUUGCUCAUAGAUGGCCACACACUCAAUCCAUAACGGAAAGAUGGUUUGAGUACAGGAUCAAAGUAGAGCUCUUUAUGUGAUCUUUUUAAGUAUGGACUAAUGUGCUUGAGAAGUCCAAUUUUCUUUGAUAACGAUUUACGUAAGCAUCUAAUUGAGUGUCAAAGUCAAGAUCUUGCUCUAUAUGAAUACCGAGAAGCUUAUGGCUUCUAACCUGUUGAAUAAUAGCCCCAUUCAGAGAGAGAUUCAGAUUUGCUUCAGUACUGUCCAAAUGUUUCCGUAAUGAGCAGGUAUCAUCAAGAGUUGUGACAAAUUUAACAUGUUCAAAGCAUGUACAGUGUUUUGGUUGAUGAUAGUUGAAAAGAGUGAGUGCAUGAUACAUUGUAGUUCAGGGCAAAGAAGCCAUGAUAUUUGAAGCAAUAAUCGUGAUUGUUUGGCCUGGCCUUGAUAAGACUGACUAAAUCCCUACAUUGUACUAUGUAGACGUCCUUUGGCUUUUACUUCUUUCUGUUGCUGUUGGAACAAAUUAAAACACUUUGACAGGGCUGACACUUGAUCCUGCUAAAGCUAAAAUUAAUAAAAUUAGUAUUAAAUUUCUUGUGAACAUACACAAUGUAGUCAUUUUUCACUCAGGAAAUAACUGGGUAUUUAUAGGUUUUUAAGAAAACAAAAUUCAUGUAAACUUUAAAAUACUUUUUUUAAUGAAAAUAAUGUUCAAAGCAAUAUUUAUGUUACAGGUCAAAAUUAAAUUUAGGUUAAAAUUUGUUAAACUAGGUUGUUUCUCUAUUUCUUUUGUCUCCUAGCCCUUAUUUAGGGCUACCUGUAACAUUAAUAUUUUAUAAACACUGUCUACUUUUUUCCUAUUAACUACAAGUGCUCAGUAAUUUUAAAUUACCGAGAGAUUGGCCUAACAUGUGCCACCUUGUACAUUGCAAAUUGCAGAGAGUAUCAACUUAGAUUAGAUUAUAACCAAUAUAACCUGAUUUUAAGAUUUUACCUUUAAACAUUGUUUGUUGAUCAUUAUAUUACAACUUAUGUUAGAAAUACCUCUAAUUACUCUUGAAUUCUUGAAUCAUCUUCAAUGACAUCCAUGUAAACAUUUUUCCUUAUUCUUAAUGACUGCAUGCUGUUUAGCUUUACAAUGUACAUUCAAGUGGCUGCAUCUGAAAAAUGAUUUAUCUCUGAGAAGAAGUGCUAAAUAUUGUGUUUUUCUUCAGGACAAAAAUGGGUCUCAAUUUAGAUGGAAUAGAAAAGUUGAGGUAAGAAAAUGUUUACCAGGCACCUUCAGGGUUGUCCCUUCCUUCAAGUUUGUAUUGAGUAAAAUGACAGCAAGUAAGAUUAUUUCUGAAGAGAGUCUCUGCUUGACAAAAAAAAAAAAAACAAAAAAAUAACAUCAAAAUGCAAGAGAUGGCCAGUUUACUUUUACAUUUCAAUCAAUUUUGCAUGUACAUUUGUAUUGUUCUUUCGCCAGUUAAUUUUUUAUUAACUUUCAUUUCUCUUUUGUUUUAGCAAUGAUGAUGUACGAAAAAAUGUUGAUAAUGCUAUAGGCGAGGUAUGAUUUUGCAUUUAGUUUGUCCAUCUUUACCAUGUCCUUACUGAUAGAAUCCCUUAAUUAAUGUAAGGAAAUCAUUCACUCCAGUCAUCAAAAAAUAGUUGUUUGUCUUGUUCUGAUCUCUGUGUGUUUUUUGGACCAUACAUUAUUUUUUAUCAGCAUUUAAUAAGCUGUCUAAAAGCUAGUAUGACUACACAGGUCCUGUUAUAUUUGCUGUAAGAUCUUAACUUCAGUUAUUUAAUCCUGGAUAUACUCUACUCCAAUUAUAUAAAAAUUGACUUGAUAAGUCUAAGCUGUGUAAUGUAGGUUUGAAAAUUUAAAAAAAGAAAAUUAAAAUAUAUUGAUAAUUUUGACAUUGUUAUUAAUAUUCACAGCUUAUGCAUCCGGUGAAGACAAAGGUAUGUUCAGUUAUAAUAGAUUGAGAAUUGUGCAGGGCUGUCAGUAAAAGCCAGUGGCUGGCCAAAACUGCCAGCUAGUUAGUCUAUAGCUGGCUUCAUUUAUCUCUUUUUUACCAUAAUAAAUAAUUGCUAAUGAAAAAACAACAUAACAUCUGUGUCUGAGAGGCAAGCAUUGAUGAGCACAUUUGUUCGGUGGAAAACAGCCUUUGAAAACCCCUUUAAGUACCAUUUCCAAGACUCCCAAUUUCAAAAAUUUUCUGGGGAAGGAUGGUGUCCCCAGAACCCCCUAGAAGUCCUGGCUUCCUGCCCUCGCAAACUUGUUUAGUACAAGGUUCAAAGCCAGCUACUAUUCAGUAUUAGCCGGCUACUAUAAAGCUUUUUAACAGCCCUGAUUGUGACAGCAUUUGUUUUCCAUUUACUUUGGUUUUUACCCAUGUAAUAUUAUUCAGUUCCAAAAUUUAAUGUUUUUUUCAUUGUUCCCAACCUUACAUAUUAGGAGGAACUUGUUAAGCAACUCACUACUCAAAUUGCAGAUUUGGAGAGAUUUGUCACAUUUUUGCAAGGUGAUUUACAUGUAUUCUCAGUGAAUUGGUUACUAUGUUGUGCAUCAUCACUUUCUUAUUUAAAUACAGCUGUCUUUUUAACAUUGCUUGCUUAUGCUCAAUAGUAAUCAGGUGCAUCUCCGGGCAUAUAAUCCACUCAUGCAGUAAAUGUGAAGAUUUAAUUGUGGACAAAAUUCUAGCCUGAGAAAACAGCCGAAAUUUGGCAAAGCUACCAAUCAUUAGUUUCCCCUCCAAAUGACAUCUGAGAAAUGAGCGCAGAAAUUCCAUAUUGAUGACGUGUCACUACCCAGUGGCACGACCAAUCAGAAGCACUACCCAGACCUGGGUAGUGACGCAUCAUCAGUAUUGAAUUUCUGCGCUCGUUUCUCAGACAUCAUUUGGCGGGGAAACCAUUGUUAGCAUCGCCAAAUGUUGGCUGUUUUCUCAGGCUAACAAAAUUCCUGUUGUUGAGAUACUUUGAAUCAAAGUUCAACAAAAAAUAGAGCUUGAUUGCUUUGUUUCGUGGAGGUACACUAUAGAUUUCCCUUCUCUACCAAAAUUUAAUGACGUUAAUGUCAGUGCCGUACAUGAAAUAGAAUUACAUCAUGUAAAAGAUGUGUCCUCGACAAUACAAAGGUAAAUUGCACACAAGCAGUAAUAACUUUACACCUGAAAAAAUGAAAGGGCACUUGCACACCUUAAAAUUAACGCUUUUAUUAAUGGUGGAGUUCAAGUCUUAAUUAACGUGUAAAUGUAUUUUAUUUCAGAUGUACCUUUGUAAGAUGUCUCAUUUUUUCUUGUAUAAUAGCUCUGUGAAUAAUAUUAUACUAUAGAAAUAAUAGUGCGUCACAUGUGACUUACAUGUAUUGCAGGUGAAGUUGAAAAUGCUGAAGAGAGAACCGAAAGAGCCAAAGCAUGUCCAUGUCCUGUGCAUGCAAGACGUAACAGAAAGUCACACAAAGAUCGACUCAAGGUAAGUAGAUGGAUAUUGAUAAGAAAGAGUUUUCCCACAAAGCUAUCAUUCAUGGUCAGAAAUUGGGCGAACUCGUUGUGUAUUUCCAUGUCCAGGAAAUCCCCAGUUAUAAUUAUUUCAUAUAUCAAUGUCUUUGGGACUUCAGGAAAGCAAUGAAAUUUUGAAGGGAAAUUGGAAAGUAUGGCCUCAGAAUAAUUUGUAGAAUUGUUUGAUAGUUUGUUUGAGGGAGGGGAAGCCACUUAAACCAAAAACCUUGUUGUUCAACAUCCGAGUUCAGCAAAAUCAGCCACAUGAUCAUCAAAUAACUUCCCUUAUUGUAGAAUCUCCUUUCCACUGUUUUUGGGGUAAGAGGAAACAUAAUUUUUAUGUUUAAAAAAUUAUUUAAUAAAAUGGAAGGAGUCUCUGCUUCUAGGGAAAAAGGUUCUGUGAAAACAACAACAACAAUUUACAACAUUAUACUUUGCAGGUCGUUUAAUGUGACUCACUAUGAAAUUUAUUAACAAUCGUUUUGACAGCUUGGUCAUGGGAAUCAAUGUUAUGUGUCUAAUGUACAUCAUUCUGCAUAUUGACGUUAUUUUUAGGGCAAAGGUGGUGCUCGUAAAUCCACAGACCACUCAACUGACAGUGUAAAUGAUGUAGACUACACCUGUGACUACAGCUUUUCAGAGAAUCUGUCUGGUGAAGAAGGAAAUGGCUGCUGUCUUCAUGUACCACCCAUCCCAGACACACCUGAACAGGUCCGCAAUCAGGUGAGUCAUAUUUGCUGCUGUCAUAUAGGCUGUUCUGGGUGUUCAGAUAGUAGAGCGUGGGAGAAAAAUUCCCGGUGUACAAUUUAACUUGCUGCCCACCUUCUUACCGCCGCACUCUACUAUCUGAAUGCCUGGAACAGGCUAGCUGUCAUACUGUUUGAGCUGUGUCUUACAGGAAAGAAAAAUAGCAGUCAGGUACCUGAAAGAGUUAGUUUGUGUAGAAAAAUGGUAAGUACAGGUGCAUGUGUGAGAAUACAAUGGACGUCUCACUUUUCUGUUUCCUCUUCCAUCUUGAGUGCCUGCCUUGCUAACCUGCAUGGUAGGCUUUGAAAGGGGAAUGGAAAGGGGUAAUUUUUGGCGUGCAAGGAGAGGGAAAUAUCCCCCUCUUCACGUGCGCCUCGCGCUCUCGCGCUCCCAAAUCCCCCCUCCCCCUCCAAUGGAGGUCAAAAGAACUCGGGACAGCUGGAUAAACCCGCCUACGUAAUUGUUUACAGUGAAACCGGUUGUUCGUUUGCUCGCCACUUUGCAAUAUUGUCAGGCAAUGUUGGUAUUUUGAUUGGCAGUUUGCUCCGAGCAAGUUUCGAUUCAAAUUUCAAUUUGCUGCCUGAGCAAACGGUUUUUCAUAUUGGAAUAUUGUGAGUUGACUGUGAUGGCAAGCAACAUUACGUCUGUUUCAAAGAGGGAAAAAGUAAUUUCCCUCCUGUCUUACAAUAUCGGAUAUUGUUGAGCGAGCGGGGAGAUUAGCUGGAGUACAUGUGGCGUUGGCAAGUAAGCCCUGCUGUAUUUCAAAAUUUCGUGUGCUUGGUUUAAAAACCUUGCAAUACUCCAAAAAUUCGACCACAUUUGGAGUAGCGACUGUGCGUUCUUUCCAUCCUGGUUUUCCCGGAGCCGCCGUCCCAUUUUUCAGGAACUUUGAAAGGAUAUUGGAGACGGUUUGAUGUAAAAGAUGAAGCCUUGAGCAUAUUUCUUUAUUUCGAUAGCCUGACGACCAGAGGGAAAUUACUUUUUCCCUCUUUGAAACAGAGGUAAUGUUGCUUGCCAUCGCAGUCAACUCACAAUAUUCCAAUAUGAAAAACCGUUUGCUCAGGCAGCACAUUGAAAUUUGAAGCGCAACUUGCUCGGAGCAAACUGCCAAUCAAAAUACCAACAUUGCGUGACAAUAUUGCAAAGUGGCGCGCAAACGAACAACCGGUUUCACUGUAAUAGGACUCUGUUCUUAAUGACAAUUAAUUUUUUGACUAGCUUUAUCGAUAAAGUUUGUAUAUACCGGUAUGCCGUCGGGUCCAGGUAUAUCCUUAGUUUAAAUUUAAUUUUCCUUGGUUUUGGGGUAUCAUUUCAUUUGGUAAUGUAUUAUUGUGACUGAAGACGGGCGUUGGUAAUGUAUAUAAUUCUGUGAAGAGAGUCCUUCACUACAAAUAAUACUUAUUAUUUCUUAUUACAUUUUUUUCUUUUCCCUUUAUUCCAGAGAAUCCGUGAUGCAAGUGUUGCAAUAAUCAAAAGAGCACUUGCUAUUUUGCAGUUGUUUGCAAUAAGGUGAGGCUGAAUUGAGGCUUCAAGGUCUGUUAUCGUGUAAGUUACUGAUCAGUGUUUGUGUUUUACAUUUCGCUGAUCAAUGUUCUGUGUUUAUGUUUUCAGUCAGUUUGGUUGUACUGGAAAACAGAUACAAGACCAGAUUAUACAGAAAGCUACAUCUGUUGCUAUGCCUGGAUACUUGUAAGUGACCCUUUUUUUGUCUUUUUUUUUUCCAGUUUGGAAACUCUACCUCAUCGGCCCAUGGUAUCGGGUCAUUUCGCCCGAAGGUCGAUUCGCCCCAUGACAGUUCGCCCAGACUUUUUGGUCAGAUCGUUCCACAGUUUUAGUGUAAAACUCGAUGUGAAGCGCGCCUUUUUUUUGGCUUAUGGUUAAAGAGCGAGGUAUACUCAUGAGUAGCCCCCUUGUUUUUGCUCGUGGAUUAAAGACUUGUGAAAAGUUCUGACUUUAUUGUGGAACGAUGUGGCUUUGAACUAUCUAACCAUGGAACGAAGUGACCGGAUACCAGCCUCGCCCACACUAGUCUCCUUUAGGAGUUCAAGUCUAAUUUUCCGACGUGCAUCCCGCACAACCCCAAAGCAGUAAUUGUGAACUAAAGGAACAAAAUACAGAGAUCAAAGUUUUGAGCUUAUAUUCACUUAUUUUCCUUUCAGUGAGCACCUGGCUCAGCUUCAGCAAGCCGUCCUCAAAAUAAUCGAUAUAAAAUCACGUGAGCCUCCAAGCGAUAGUGAAGAGUCUCUCCAGUCUCCUAGGGACAUAAAAAGAAGAGAGAGAAUCCGCACUAGUUCUGUCUCUUCUGCUGACACCACUUUGUCAGAAAGCAGUGAUAGGGUAAGCUUGUGUAGUCCUUUGUCUUGCAGAGGUGCUGUACUGUUCUAACUUUUGAGUCUAACAUGUGUGUCCAUUCAAAUGAAACAUCUUCAGCUGUACUUUAGUGCAUGGCAUUUAGGACCUGUUUAUGAGAAGAAAAGUUGUCCCUGUUAGAAGGGUCACCUGCCUACCCGAGCUACCCCUGGACGAGCCAAUUUUUCAUACAUUUCCUCACAAAACGCGGCAAACCGUUCAUGAGAAACAAAAAGUUGGCUCACCUAGAAGGGUAACCCGCCUAGUCGGGUCACCCUUUUGUCAACUUUUGCCAUGUAAACACUUCAGCUCGCCCAGCCGGGUUAACUCGGUCAAAACCAGACAAUCAGAGCAUGAUCGAGCAUUGUUGGCUCAGGCAAAGGGGUUAACUUUCUUUCUCAUUAUAAACGCUCGCAGAAGUUGGCUCGGCUAGGAGGGUGACCUUUCUAUCCCGGACAGGUUUUCUCCAUUUAAACGGGACCUUAGUUUGUAGAUCUAACUUUUUGAGUCUGUGGGUGAAGAUCUUAUAGUGUGACUAUUCAAAUGAAAAUUCUUCAGCUGUGCUUUUUCACGUAGUACUACGUAUUUGGGAUGUAGUUCUAAGAACCCGUCUUAACUGUAUAAUGUUUGUGCCUUUAUUUUAAAGCGUGAGAUACCGAUACUUGUCCAUUCCCAUUCAAUUUGAAAGCCUCUAAGAACUAAUUCCUUGUAUGUUGUGUUCAAUUCAGUUUGAUUACGCCAGAGAUGCGGAGUUGGUGAAUGUUGUUAGAAAGGACUUAGCAAUGGCACUGAAGGCGCUCUUUCAGCAUGGACUUGUUAGGGUGAGUGUAAAAGGUGAACAGCAAAGUUUCCAAGGCUUACACUGUCACAAACAGGCGAAGUCAUUUGCAACAGGGUGUGACCUGUCCUAUGAAAACAUUAUCCAUUCAAGAUAAAAAUGGCAAUUUUGCCAAUCAUGUAACCUAAUUAUAGAAAAAAAUUCAGGCAGACAUUUGUUCUAAAUAUGAAUUUUACUUUCCAUUGGAUCAUAGCCUACGACUCCUUGCUCUUCGCCGCUAUGGACUUUUCGCGGGAGUGCCCCUAGUGGCGAGAAGCGAGGAGAAGCGGUUAUAUUCGCGGAUUUACUGGAUCAAGAUAAACGUGAAUUAGUUUUAUUGUCGUUUAUCCUUCGAUUAGUCCUCUAUCCAAUGUUCUCUUCCCAGUACAGCUAACUGAUAAACCUGUAAGCAUGCUGAAAAUGUGGUGAACCCAGUCGGUUAUUGUAUAAAUCGUUUUAACUGUAUUUGAAUUCACGUGCACCGUAGGUAAUGGAUUGCAUUCUGUUAUUUAUUUAGUCCGUAGACAACCGUAUUAUAUCGUCCAAGUCACUUGUGGCGUGUAUAGUUCCUACAACAAGAACGUCUCUUCCUAAACGAAUGCAUAUCUGGGAAUUGUUUAAUGAAUAUUACGCAAUGAAGGUCAGUAUAGUGUAGCUCAUACUUCACGUACAAGUCCUUUACUCCAAACUGUUCCCUAACUGAAUAAAAAUUCAACCUGGAAAAUUUUCGAUUUUUAUGGUCGUGCUCAUUUUCCAAAGUGUUCACUAGCGUUUCCGGGGUACCAGUUACCGAGUCACUGAACCUAGGACAUGAACUAUGAGUGACAGUGGCAAAACUCGAAAGUUAACAGGUUUACCGCAAGCUGCUGCUAAUUCAAGCUAUAAGCCGUGGACUUAUACAUCCUUGUAAGGGGCCGUUUUAGAAAGGAUCGUAAACGGAGGGGCUUAUAGCUGGUAUAGAAAACCUGCUUCGGGCUAUAGCAGUGCUUGUCAAACUACGUUUUGCUUUAACUGGGUUUUGAAUUAAGCUUCAAAACGUUAUACCAAUAAUGACUCGAAUUCAUUUCAAUACAUUUGGAGGGGGCUUAUAUCUGGGGAGCUUUUAAUUAGGUCAAGUUUUUUUGUUUACAGAUAGAUGGGCCCAUAACCCGGGGAGCAGGGUUAUAAGUGGGGGGGGGGGGGGGGGCAGUUUACGGUGUAUGUCAGUAUUUUCUUUGGAAGUAAAAUAUCAAACUUAAGAAUCUGGGAGUUUCGCAGACGUUCUUGCAAAAAAAAAAUGAGGAAACCCGCUAAACAAUACUAAGAUUUCAUCUCUGUAAAAGGAUAUGAAUAAAUCGUUGUUGUUAUCGAAUCUGAUGUUUGCUUCUUUAGUGAGCUGUGGCAGCAUAGUUGUUUGAUUGUGUAUUUUUGGUUUUAGCGCGGUGAAGAAUUUAACUCUACUCCUGCCAGAAGGUUAUCAGAGGCGUUUGGUAUCGAGGUACACGGCAAUAACGUAGUGACAGCCAAACAGGUAAUGUUAUUGAUACGUGAUAUAACAUGGCGUUUUGUAGAUGAUCGAGAUUCAGAGAGUGAGGUUUUGCUCACACCAUGCCGAAUAGCUUUUGCGCCGACGCGGAACCAUACAACGUGAUGGGGCCGCUUCUGUUCACAUAAGAAGGGUAAUUUUAGUGCGAUUUCUGUAACGGAGCAAUGCUGCGCCGCGCCAUUCUUGAAAGUGGAUCAUCACAUAUCGGAUAGUUUUUUUUGCAGGGGUGGGGGGGAAUAGUGAUAACAGUUAUCCAAGAAUUCGGACCGUAGCAGAAGUAAAUUGAGUAGGAGCGAAGGCUGGAACCCACUGAGACGGAAAUAGCUAUUUAGGAGUGAGGACUGGGAUUUAGUUCCCCAAACGCUCUCGGCCAACCACUCGGGUACGAUGCUCGUUGUGAGUGAACAACUUGUCGCAGUUCUGUACUGUUGCCCUUCACACUGUACUAGCCGGUUCCAGGCUCCGAGAUAGCCGGGUCCGCGAAAAUGAGAGAGACCACGCGCUUACAUUUUCGCGUGCUUUACACUUACGCGUCAUCCGCACUAUCUGAGAGCCUGGCAGAGGCUAACACUGCACUGGAUACAUAUGCAUUUAGGCACGAAAAGUUAUCCGUUAUAGAAGGUGUAGACAUAACCUGAAAUCUCUUUUGCUUCAUAUGUCCAGAAAUGCACGUGACUCUGACCUUGGGUACUUUAUUUUAGACACAAUUCUUUGUAAUCUCAUUACACUUAAUGUUUUGCAUGGUGAUGUGAAACAUCACGGAGUGUCUUCUAGUCCAUUUCUUUACCAGAUUUUUUUUAAUGUUGCUUGUUUUCGUUUCCGGUGGCAUUUUUUCCCCACGUGUAGUCACACUCGCCGUUGUCCCUCUCGUGGCCCCAGUUCCAUGUUUUCCCGCGCUCGUUCUCAGUUGCGUGGUUUCGUGUGAGCGAAAAUUGAGAAGAGAACAAAUUGCUUUCGGGUGAUAGUGUUAGGUAUUAUUUUAAUUCAGACAUUGGCUACUGGCUGACUAUUAUUUACAGUUCUAUGAUAUCCUGUUCACAGACGUUGUUUUUUUAUCGACAAUUUAGUGAACCCAGAAACGGAACGAGCGCGAGAGAAAAAUUGACGUCUAUUUCCUCCUUUCCCCACCCCCAACUCUUUGCGCUUGCGGUCAAUAAAUGCAUCACGGUUUUUAUUUUCAGACGCGCGCUCGACUAUCCCUAAGAACAAAAUACAGGGUCAGUUGACAGGCCACUCUUUGAAGGUCAAAGUUAUUUGCUCUAUUUGACCUCUUUCGACUGACACCAUAUGACAUCAUUUUCGUUCCAGACCCUCUUGCGAACCCUACACAGAAUAAAAACAACACACGAACCCUGCAAACGCAGUAUGGAUGCGAUGGUAAAUAUGACACUUAUUUACUGGUCUCUGUAAAUCUGUAAAGUGAAAGGGAGUCUUGGAAUUUCCUCAGCUUUACCGAAUAAGCCUUGACAUCUCGCCUUAUUUUCUGUUAUAAGGUUCACUUUCAUGAAUAUCUUCCCAUUUUGUUUUUCGCUGUUAAUUUAAUUAAGGGCAGUGAGCAGUUUGUACUGUUUGUUUGAGCGAGAGGAACUGUAUUAUUGUCAUUAAAGCACCCAAUUUGCUUGUCAUUUUGUAGGAAUUCUCAGUUUGCCAAUGUACAUUCGUUUAGAGACAAUAUGAUUAAACUGAACAGAGUUCUUUCAGUUUCACACGUGUUCAGUGUUGCUUUAGCAAACUUCAAUGCUGUUCUUGCAAACUAACAAUGUAUUAUCUCCUUUCAUUGUUUUAUAGUUUAAAUCUCUGGUUUGUGCUGGAAUAAAGUAAGUUAUCUUGUUACCUUUUACGUACCAGUACUUCUCAUUACUGUUGGAUGUAGUCUACGAAAUAAGCUAUACAGAACUACACUUAAGCUUAAGGACAACAGCUUUCUUCUUAAUUACAUUUGUGUGUAAUGAUUGUGCUUCUUUUGUUGUUGUUUCUUGAAGUCAAAAACGGCUGACGUAUUGGUGCCGUCUCGUUACAAAGAGUUCUUCACUCAUCGAAGAGCACUAUCAAUCGUGGUCAUACGUUCUCAAAACAGGUUUGUCUUGUUAUUUCUUUGUUGUGCCAUUGAGCCUGCGAGAAAGCUCUCCUUUUGGGAGUCAUCGCAAGCUGACACACGCGACCAGCACGCGAAAGGAGACACUCGCUCGCGCGUUCUCUCGCCAAACGAAAUGAAGAGCUUUUUCAUAGGCUCUGCGCCAGUAAAGUGUUAAACAGCAGCAGUUUCACUUUGCACAUAUUUGUUUUCUUUUUGCGUUGCUCACAACCCGAGAACACAAACGUUUACUUAACGUGCGUAGCUGGCGGUUUUUUGUGUUUCGUAAAGUAAGAGAUACAGCGGCGCGAGAGCUGAACCGAAGUCGAAACAAAACGGUGGGGGAGAGGGCGGGGGGAGAAGGCAAAAAUCUCAUGCCUUCUCCCCUCGCCUCUUCCCCCGUCAUUUCCUGUUUCGACCUCGGUUCAGCUUUCGUGCGGUUCUAUCUCUUACUUUACGAAACACAACAGUAGAAGCACACCAAAAAACCGUCAGCUACGCGGGCUAACAAAUACCCUUUAUACUUCUUAAUACUACCUUAAUGCAAGUAAAUACUGCCUUGUCUAUUUUCUUAGGAAUGAGCGAAGCCACAGAACACUUGGAACGAUUAAACGAGUACAAUUUUCAUCUACCUGAAGACCUAGCCAUCAGACAUUUAACCAAGAUUAGUGACGCCUUUGGUGAAUCGUAAUUAAAAAAGUGGGAAAUAACUUAACUGUUGAAAAUUUAUGUUACAAAUGAAAGAAUGUUAAAGAAUGAAAUAAUGGUAGCUUGCAUUAAAAUGUACGGUUAAUCAAUGUAAGAUUCGAACAGAAAUUGCAAUAACAAUGCAAAUCACCUUGCAAGACUGCUUAUUUAUUUUUUUAAAAUUCAUUUCCAGCAAAAGAAAAAUUAGCUGCAUGCAGUAUGUUGUGGUGAAUGCAGAACCAGUUUCGUUUUUUUUAUUUAGUAUAUGGAUUGAGGUGCUAACAUUUAUUUGUUUCGUACCUGUCGAUCCGUUUUUGGUCAGUCGAAUAACCACCGUUCUAGGUGGAUGUAUUCAUUUGCCAAAAAAUGUUGAAGAGCAUGCUGACAAAGUUUCUUACCACACCCUUUGAACAUGUUUUUUUUCCUAAGCUUUUAUAGUUCCGCAUUAUACUGAACCAAUCGCAAUUCACCAUAGUUGUUUUGUGGGCCUGUGUCCUGCGGCUUCAAAGGAGAAGAAACGAAGCCUUUCAAAUGCAAGGCGACUACACCUUCAAAAGAUAUCUUAAGUUUUAAUUAGUUCUGCAAUGGAUGGCACCCAUAAAAGUUGACCAAAAUUUUCUAAGAAAAAUUGUCCAAUAGAUGUCAAAACUUUGUCGAGUGGGAAUCGCACGAUCUGCUCCACAACUAGCGUGAAUUAUUAUGUGAAGAGAAAGGUUAAAAACACAUGUUUUUCCUUUGUGAAGCAAUGAGCGACACAAUGAAACGUUCAUACGAUGUAAGAUUACUUUGUCAGAUGUUAAAUAUAUGACUAAAAACUUCUACACUGCAUAAAUGUAGACUCAAUAUGCCUCAAGGAAAUACUGUAAAACGUUUAUUUAAAUAUAAUUUAAGUGAUAGCAUAAAGAAUCGAUAUGAUAAUAACCCGGGAAAUGUCAAUAAAGAAACUUAAAAUAACC